AUGGCAGACCCCGUCCGGCUUACCGUCCUCAUCUCCGGCAGUGGAACCAACCUUCAGGCUGUCAUUGACAAAACCAGCCAGGGUCAACUCUCCACUCAGAUUGUCCGAGUCAUCUCCAACCGCAAGGAUGCUUUUGGCCUUGAGCGGGCUCGCAAGGCCAACAUCCCCACGCAAUACCAUAACCUUGUGAAAUACAAGAAGCAACACCCGGCAACACCGGAGGGGAUUCUGGCGGCGCGCGAGGAGUACGACGCUGAAUUGGCCCGGCUGGUGCUCGUCGACAAGCCAGAGAUGGUCGCUUGCCUGGGAUUCAUGCAUGUGCUGUCACCACGGUUCCUGGAGCCGUUAGAAGAGGCCAAGAUCAAGAUCAUCAACCUGCACCCCGCUCUGCCGGGUGCCUUCAAUGGCGCGAACGCUAUCGAACGUGCCCAUGCGGCUUGGCUGGAAGGGAAGAUCGAUAAGACGGGUGUCAUGAUGCACAAGGUAAUCUCGGAGGUUGACAUGGGCACACCCAUUCUUGUGCGCGAGAUUCCGUUCAUCAAGGGUGAGGAUGAGGAUCUCCACAAGUUCGAGCAGAAGGUGCAUACGAUUGAAUGGGGAGUGGUGAUCGAGGGGGUACAGCUGACGAUCCAGGAGAUCCAGGAUGAGAGGCAGCGGAGGUGA